GAAGUAAAAUAAAACGGAAAAUACAUGAAAUAGAAAAGUGGCUGUGAAAAGUUCUCAAAAUAUUCUAUACACAUAGUUUUCUAUAUAAUUAUAUACUGUGUACCUGUACGAUCAACUUCUAAUUAGGAAAAGAAAUAAAUUGAAGGGUGUUGUCGUAAUGCAUUCUCUACUAAAUUAAAUGCUAUAAAUAUGUUCUGUCCCAAGAAAUCGAAUGCGAAAGUGAUAUAAUUUUACAUACAUGAAGAAUAAUUCUUUAUUCUUUUUGGGGCAAAUGAAAAUUAUGAACGUGUGGCGGCAACAGCAGAGCGGAGAGUGGCACGAAAUUUAAAAAUAGAUUUAAAUAGGCGAGCACGCCAGUACGAGAGAAUCCACAAACGCACAACCAUAAGAAUUAGACGCUUAACAAACAACUGGAAUACCGAUCGAAGGCUACGGCCAUGGAGCAGCCGCGCCAUCGACGACGAAUGGGUCGGCCUCACCGAGAACAGACGCCUGAGGCCAGCGUCACUGCGUCGGCCAAUGGGCGGCAGAAUAGGUCACAGCAGGAGCAGGACGAGGACCAGGAUGGACUGCUGGAAGCGACCCCACAGCCCUCACCACAGCUGGUUCGAAUGCAAAUACGUGCCCCAGGCGCCUUAUCUGCACACGAGAGCAAAAUUUUACGUCGCCGCGACAAAAACUUCGCCAGCACAGCGUCCCGCAGUCAGUCGCAGCCGCGCGAGGCCGAGAAACUUACCCGUCCCGAUGCCCACAACUUAAUAAAGCAUCGCAGUCUUUCCUCGCCCAGGCACAAGGACGAGUCCAGCGAGAGUGAACUUACAGGCAGCUCCACCGCACCACGAGCCAGCUCGCGUGGCAGAAUAAUUGACUCCACUAGCGAGACGCUCAGUCGUCUGGAGCAGAAUCUGCAGCGCUUCGAGGAUGAACGCAAGCGCUUCGAUGCAGAGAAGCGUCUGUUCGAGCGCGAGAAGCGCGAACACAAAGCACGCCAUCGCCAAAUGCUCGAUCACGAGGAGCGUAAGCGGCUGCUACAAAGCUAUCGCAAGCUCAGCGAUCGGAUUCAGCUGCCACAGGACGAUGAGGAACGUCGGCGACUGGUGCACAGCCUGCGCCUGCAACGCCACGAAGUACCUGCGGUGCGUCUGCGAAAUCGCAGUAGCGGAUACGACGAGUCCUCCACACAGUUUAGCUCUUCUGAUGCGGACACGGCGGAGGAUGUUCAGUCCAGACGUCCAACCAAGCCAACUAGCCCAGCGCGGAGACAGGCAUCGAAUUCAUCAAACUCCAAUGUUCACUAUGUGGCAGCACCCAUUCGAGGGGCUCCACCCCCACCGCCAUCCACUACAGAGUCAUCGGUGCCACCAAAGGUGCCGGAACGCCGAUCGGCCAGUCGAAAUAGCUCGCUCUCUCCGAUACGGCCACAACGACGCUCCAAAACUCCGGAACAACGUGCCGAAACAGCGCUCAAGUACGUCGAGGUGGGCGAGAGCGGUACGGGACAACUGGACUCCGCAGUGCGGCAGAGUGAGGCCGAACAGCGGGCCGAACUAAUGCGCAAGUAUAUGGAAGCGGCGGAGCGGGCGGCAGCGGCCGAGGCGGCACUCGCUCUAAGCCUAAAUGUGGGCUCGGAUGGCUUACGACGCAGCAACAGUCUGCGAACAACAGAUCAGGGGCAGAAGAUCAAGCCCGAGAACAAACGUAGCACAAGCUUAGAGCGACCGAUUAACUCCAAAACAGAGUCCAAUUUGGAGCCACCUACGGAGUUGGAGAAAGCAGCAGCAACAGCCGCAACCCCGCAGACCCCAAUAGUUGAAAAUGACAAACAUGUGGAUGAUGAGGUGGCGUCCACUGUCUCUGAAUCAACGACAAAGCCAUCAGCAUUACAGCGGAUAGGGAAUCUUUUUCAACUGAAAAGGAAUAAAAUAGCGCCUGAACUUGUAAUUGCAACUGGAACUGGAACUGCAACAGAUGAGUUAACCACCGCAUUGCCGGACAGGAUUAACUCAAUAGCAUUUCUAAGGCGCCUACGUCUCGAAGCGUGUCAUGAGUGGCGGCGCCUCAAACUGGACUAUCCUCAGGUUGUGGCGGAGACAAGACGAUUACGCAAUAAGUGCAUAAGUCACAUUAUAUUGCUGAUAUUGUUGCUCGGCUUUGGGGGCCUGAUGUUCCGCUACACCGAAGGCACUUCCGAAAACAUCUACAAGUGUGAGGUGCGCAAAGUGAAGCGCGACUUUAUUGACAAUCUCUGGGCGGGCAGUCAUAACAUGAGAGAGGAUGACUGGAAAUCCGUGGCGCGCCAGAAGUUACGUAAGUUCGAAGACGAACUUAAUACGCUAGCCGAAUUGGGUCUGCGCCGAUUUCCUGGCCAAAAGUCGUGGAACUUUGUGAACUGUUUCAUAUUUUGCUGGUCCGUGAUCACAACUAUAGGUUACGGUCACAUCACACCGAAGACAACGCUCGGCCGUUCGUUGACCAUCGUGUAUGCCAUCAUCGGAAUACCGAUGUUCCUCAUCGUGCUAGCCGAUUUGGGCAAACUCUUUACGCGCUGUGUCAAGUUCAUUUGGGCGUAUGUGCGGCGGGUUUACUACACACGAUCCUGCAGGAGGAUACGCAAGCAACAGCAGAUUCGAGACGCCAUGACCGGCUUCACCACGGUAUACGAUAUGGCCAUUCGCCGGCCGAGCAUGUUCUUUGGCAUGUCUGCGAACGCGGAAGUCGAGUCGCAGCAGGAUGCCGAAGCCGGAAAAUCGCUGGGCACCUCCCAUCCCGAAACACCCACAUCACCAUAUCCGGAGACCUUUGAAGUGGACGACGAAUUCAACUUGCCUAUUUCUGUGGCGACAAUGCUACUCAUCUCCUACAUACUGUGUGGCGCCGUAGGCUAUAAGCUGCUUCAGAGCGACUGGGAGUAUUCGGAUGCGUUCUACUUUGUAUUCAUAUCAAUGUCGACCAUCGGAUUCGGCGACUUGGUCCCCAGUAAUCCGCUCUUUGUCAUGAUCAGCAUGAUUUAUCUCAUUUUCGGGCUCGCCCUGACAUCUAUGUUCAUCAAUGUGGUCCAAAUAAAGCUUCACGAUCACUUUAAUCGCGCCAGCGCCAAAGUGGGGGCGACAAUUGGAAUGGAGAUGGCCAGCGAAUUUGAUGAUGAAAUGGGAUCGCAGAUCAAGACGCCAUCGGAGCUGGCUUCGGUGCACGGAUCACGCUUGGAUCGUAUCGACGAAGACGGCCACGAGCCGCUCCCUAAUGCUGCUUCACCCGCAUCCGCACAAUUGACGUCGAUCUUGCGUUCGCCCCGUCCAGUGUCUCCCACAUCUGUGGCGGAGACUGGUGGAAUUCAAUCUGAUGGCACACCGCCGCCUUUGCUGCCCAAGCGUCAGGUCUCAGUCGAUGCUCAGCAGCCAGCUGAGGCACAGAAGAAGAAGAAGAAACGUGGAUUAUUUAAAUAGACUACGAUUUCGGAACUCGAUAGAUUAAAAUACUCCCCUUAAAGGCAAACUCACAAAUGACAAUACAUUGAAAUUACUUUUGUUUUUAUUUAUAAUAUACCUAAAUGUAUAUACUCUUA